AUGGCCGCACAGCUGCGCAUCGACAGCGACAGUACUGGCGGUGUCGACGGCGACGGCGGCAAUGCGCUGGUGUUUUCGGUCCUCCACGACCUGCUCGGCGCCGCGGCCUUCCUCGCCUCACACCCGCUCCACGCCGCCUACGUCCUCUUCUUCUCCCGCUACCUCCUCUGGCUGGCCUCCUUCUUCUGCCCACUCCUCGUCUCCACGUCUCUGCUCCUGGCUGUGCUCGUCACCGCCGGCCCGUACGUCACGACGGGGUGGCCGGGGGUGAGCUCACUCGGGAGGACCUGCGGCAUUGCCGUCGCCGCGCUCUGCGCCGAGCUCCGGCCGGACGGCGGAGGCGUCAGCCUGGUUGGGCAGCUCUGCUCCUUCGUGCUCGGCCCAGCUGACGUCGCCGCGGUUCUCCGCGUCGGCGAGAUCAUGGGUGAGCUGUGCGACAUCAGUGCUGGUUCUUGCUUUCUCUUGGAAGAGAAGACCUUCUUCUUGUCAGGUACCCAAGACGAAGAGGGCAUCAGGGUCACAUUGCAGAGUCCAACUGGAGAAGAGAUCUUCUUGGAACAUGAAGAUUUCUAUGAAGAUGUCUUCAAGGAUAAAAUUGAGGACAAAAAUGUAGUUUCUGAGGAUCUCAAGGGUCCUGUCUCUUCUCCUUCUUCUUCUUCAGAGCAUUGCUGUCAAAGUGAGACAUUAUUCGUCCAAGAAAUAGAAGAGCAGGAGAAAAGCAUCGAGGUACAGAGUAUAAGCUUGUCAGUGAUAGAUGGUGGAGUCAGUGGUGGGGUUGAGGAGAAGAGAUUGGAGUGUGAUCCUAUGCCGGUGGAGACGAAGAAAUGUGAGUGGCCCAAGUCACAUUCCUCGAUUUCUCGGCGAAUAAGACAGUGGGAAGACGUGACAUCUGGCAAUUUGAAGCGAGUUCCUGAUGACACCCUUGAGAAGAUUCUGGUGGAUAACAGUCUGGAGAAGGCGUCGUCAUUUAAGGAUGUGAAGGUAAUCAUACAAUUGGAGACCGAAUCUUGCAACAAAGAAAACCAACUUGCUCAAGAGAUUGUUUCUGUUGGAGAAUCUGACCAGUCAGAGAAGGAAUCUUGCAACAAAAACUUCAGUGACCUUGCUCAAGAGGUUGCUUCCGUUGGAGAAUCUAACAGAGAACAGCCAGAGCAGGAAUUUGUAGAUGUCAAGGAAUUGUUGCAGUCGAAGACCGAAAAAUGCAGCAAAGAACUGGAACCUGAAGAAAACGCCCCCAUUGAACAAGCCGAAGAAGAAUUGCAAGAACAGAAUGUGCAGCCGGGACCGGAAUUGCAAGAGCAGAAACACAUGGACACCCAGACUGAUGAACAAGACUGCCAAGAUGUGGAACCUCUGCAAGAGUUAAGCGAACAGGAGUACAAGGAUGCGGAUGAAGAAUCUGAAACCCUGCAGGAUGGUGCCAAUGAGGAGAAUCCCCUGAAGUCGACGUCCAUCGCUCGGCGCGUGCACACACGAAUCUCUUCGGAGAGCCUCGUCGGCGAGGCGUCCCCGGGCAAGGAGAAGGAAUGGAAGAGGACGCUGGCGUGCAAACUCUAUGAGGAAAGGAUCCAGCUCAAGCUCCUCCGCGACCGCGCCGUCGUCGGGGCAUGCAGUGACGACAUGGACAUGCUCUGGGAGGCCUACGAGACAGGCGGGGGAAGCAGCGCCACUGCCGGCGACACGAAGCGUGGCGGCAGCAAGGCGAAAAGGGGGAACGCGCAAGACGAACUCGUGGACGAAGGUGAGUCAGAGGAGGAUGAAGAUGUCGACGAUGAAGGUACAGUGAGGCAGCUGUGCUGCCUUCAGGCUCUCAAGUUCUCCACCAGGAAGAUGAACUUCGGAGGUGGCAAGCCGAGCCUGGCCAAGAUCUCCAAGGUCCUCAAGAGGAUGACCGCGCUUUCGAGGGUCGGAUCACGGCGUAACCUGAAGGGGUGA